AUGGAUUCUUUUAAAUAUUACUUUUCCCUUUGCUUACUUAUUUUUCUUGUCUGGACUUCUGACGUGGACGGUUUUGCGCCACUCGGACGUUACAGUCAAAGUAGUGCUCUUGUAGGGAACAAGCUUUACUUUUUUGGUAGUGCCCUUGCUGUACAAUUUAGAGACAAUGUUUUCCUCGAUGUAACCCUUUCGACGCUAAAUACUUCAAAUCCUUCAUGGUCCUUAUCAAAUGCUUCUGUCCCGACUAAUUCUGCUUUUGCAAGUGCAUGUGUUGGCGGUCCUAAUAAAAAUACGAUAUUUCUUUUGGAACAUCAAGAUACAAAUAAUGCUGGUACUAAUAACACUGUAGUAUAUUCCUUUGAUACUGUGAGCAGUACAUGGACCACUCUCCCCGUGAGCGGGACGCUCCCUGUAAGAAUCAGUGGUCUUGGUAUUCCUUUUAAUGACAUUUUUAUACUUGAUACAUUAAGCUCGGUUUGGACAAAAGGCUCUUCUAUUGGUGCUCCAACGGCACGUUAUGUCUUUUCUGCCACACUUUUAAAUAAUGGUCUUAUACUUUAUAUAGGAGGUGGUGAUAGUAUUAAUAUGGCCGAAAUUCCGACUUUUAAUACAAAUAGUGGGACAUGGAGCUUAACGGUUGCUGUUGGUGAUACAAUAAACCCUAGAAGUGGUCACACUGCUGUAUUAUCCCCAGAUGGACAUGUUAUAAUUUACGGUGGUGCUAAAAAUAACAGUGCUUUAGAUCAAAGCCAACAGUUGGCUUCAUUAGAUACAAAUGUUAAUCCGUAUUCGUGGUCUAAAAAAUCAUCGAAUGGUGUAUCUGGAGUAAAUAACAAUCUUUAUAACCUGAAUAAUGUGAAUGCACAAUUAUACCUUCUUGAUACUCGAAAUUAUAUGUGGGUCACGGAUACAUUGCAACACCCUAAUUCAACUAAUCCUCAAAAUCCUUCAGUUACUCAAAUUCAAACUGUCAUUGCUUCAAAUUCAUUAAAUACGGGUGUAAUUGUGGCAAUUCCUAUAGUUUCAAUUACCAUUCUUGCAAUAAUAGGCUUAACAGGAUAUUGGUUUUAUAAAAAAAAUAAGCAAAAUGAUGUCAUUCGUAUAGCAGGCUCUAAAUACGGUUACUAA